AUGUUUGCUUCUUCCCUCCGUUCGAUUGGCCGCAAUAGCCCUGCAGUGGCCCGCACCUUCAGCUCUACCUCCGCAACAUGCGCAGCCGAGGUCAAGUCGUUGGGCGUUAUCGGAGCGGGACAGAUGGGAUUGGGAAUUGCUCUAGUCGCAGCGCAAAAGGCUCAGGUCCCUGUGACCUUGGUCGACAAUUCCCAGGGCUCGUUGGAUAAGGGACUGAAGUUUGCCGAUAAACUUCUCGAGAAGGAUGUCUCUAAGCAGCGCCUCACUCGGGAUGCAGCCGAUGCAGCCCGUGGGCUCAUCGCUCCAAGCUUGAAGAUGGACGAUCUCUCCUCAGUGGACUUUGUCAUUGAAGCCGUCCCGGAGAUUCCCGAUCUCAAGACGUCAAUUUUCACCAACCUCGCCCAGAUUGCACCCAAGCAUGCUAUCCUUGCGACCAACACUUCUUCCAUCUCUAUCACCAAAAUUGCUGCCGCUACCACAACGGACCCGACAGAUCUGCAAGCUCCAUCGCGCGUGAUCUCCACCCACUUUAUGAACCCUGUUCCCAUCCAGAAAGGUGUGGAGAUUAUCCGGGGUUUGCAAACCUCCCAGGAGACCACAGAAACGGCUAUUGCCUUUGUGGAGCGUAUGGGUAAGGUGGCGUCCAUCUCGGCGGACUCGCCCGGCUUCUUGGCCAACCGGAUUCUCAUGCCGUAUAUCAAUGAGGCGGUCAUUUGUCUGGAGACGGGUGUGGGUGGCCGUGAAGAUAUCGACAAUAUCAUGAAGACCGGAACCAACGUCCCCAUGGGCCCCCUGACCUUGGCCGAUUUCAUCGGGCUGGAUACCUGCCUCGCCAUCAUGAAUGUUCUUCACCAGGAGACUGGAGAUAGCAAGUACAGGCCGGCCGGUCUCCUGCGCAGAAUGGUAGAUGCUGGCUGGACGGGCAAGAAGAGUAGCAAGGGUUUCUAUGACUAUUGA